UAUAAUUUUUGUGCAAUUUUAAAUGUAGUAUAAUAAAUCGUGAGUAAGGAAGCAGAGGGUUUUGUCUAAAAAAGCGUGCAGACGGAAGGGAAGAAGAUGAAGGCCAUAGUGAUUACGAGUCCGGGAGGUCCUGAAGUGCUGCAGCUUCAAGAAGUUGAAGAUCCCCAACUCCGAGAUGACGAGGUUCUCAUCGGAGUCCACGCUACUGCCCUUAACAGAGCCGAUACCCUCCAGAGGAAGGGCUUCCACCCUCCCCCUAAGGGUGCUAGUCCCUACCUGGGUCUUGAAUGUUCCGGAACAGUCCUAUCCAUCGGUAAAAACGUUUCCAAGUGGAAAAUCGGCGAUCAGGUCUGUGCUCUUCUCGCCGGAGGAGGUUAUGCCGAGAAAGUUGCUGUUCCCUCCGGGCAAGUGCUUCCGAUUCCACCAGGUGUUUCCCUCACGGAUGCAGCUAGUUUUCCUGAGGUUGCAUGCACUGUGUGGUCUACUAUUUUCAUGACGAGUCGUUUAUCUCAAGGGGAAACCCUGUUGAUUCAUGGAGGUUCUAGUGGGAUUGGUACAUUUGCAAUUCAGAUAGCUAAGUAUCGAGGGGCAAGAGUAUAUGUCACUGCAGGGAGUGAGGAGAAGCUAGCUUUUUGCAAGAGUAUUGGAGCUGAUGUGGCUAUCAAUUACAAAACAGAAGACUUUGUUGCGAGGGUAAAGGAGGAAACUGGUGGACAAGGUGUUGAUGUCAUUCUCGAUUGUAUGGGAGCAUCCUACUAUCAAAGAAAUAUUGAUAGCUUGAAUUUGGAUGGAAGGCUUUUUAUUAUUGGCUUUCAAGGUGGAGUUACUACUGAAGUAGAUUUCCGCCCUUUACUUGCUAAGCGUCUCACAGUACAAGCGGCUGGCUUGCGUAAUAGAAGUCUCGAAAAUAAAGCCGUGAUUAUUAGCGAAGUGGAGAAGAACGUUUGGCCUGCCAUUGCCGAAGGAAAGGUUAAGCCUGUGGUCUACAAAUCUUUCCCUCUUGCGGAGGCUGCUGAAGCUCAUCUGCUUAUGGAAAGCAGCGAGCAUAUUGGGAAGAUAUUGCUUGUGCCAUGAUCGUUGUCAUAAAUAAUGUAGUUCAUGUUAUAUAUUUGAAUCCUAUGUUUGGACUUUUUUGUGAUGAUCUCAGGUUUCUAAUAAGUAUUUGAAUUUCUUAUCAUGUAUGAAGUUCAUUUUGAUACGUGGAGCGUUCCAAAUACUUUGAAGUUAA